GGAUGAGGGUGAUAGUGGAGAAACUACAGAAUAAGAUGGAAUCUGUCUGAGAGCAGUGGGGGAAAGCUCUCCAAAUUCUUCCUUUCCAAGUAUAUGUUCGAAACCCUAUUGGAAGUUGUCAUCAAAUCUACUUCCAACACACUUUCAGUUCUAUUGAACAAGAAAAAAUGAAGUUGCUUGUUGUCUGUCCACUGGGCGUGCUUCAGCUUUUGAUAGCCCUUUGCCUAUCACAGCAUCACUCAGAGCUCCUGGUCAGCACCAAGCUGGGGAAGGUGAUGGGAACAAGAAUGCCAGUUCUGUCCAGCUACCUCAGCGCUUUCCUCGGGAUACCAUUUGCCGAACCUCCAGUUGGGAACUUACGGUUCAAAAAGCCCGAGGCCAAGAGACCGUGGUCAGGGAUCUGGAACGCUUCCUCCUAUCCCAAGAUCUGUCAGCAAUAUGUUGACACUCAGUUUCCCGGAUUUCCUGGCUCAGAGAUGUGGAACCCUAAUAAAGAGAUGAGUGAAGACUGCUUGUACCUCAAUGUGUGGGUCCCCUCCCCUCGGCCAAGAAAUGCUACUGUCAUGGUGUGGGUCUACGGAGGUGGUUUCUACAGUGGAGCUUCAACAUUGGAUGUCUACAAUGGGAAGUAUCUUGCUCACACUGAACAGAUGAUAGUGGUCUCCAUGAACUAUAGGGUUGGCGCUUUUGGUUUUCUUGCUCUCCAUGGAUACCAAGAGGCACCAGGAAAUGUUGGGCUUCUGGACCAGAGGCUGGCAUUGCAAUGGGUACAGGAGAACAUCCAAUUCUUUGGUGGAAAUCCAAAGAUGGUGACUAUUUUCGGAGAGAGUGCUGGCGGGGCUUCUGUUGGCAUGCAUCUCCUUUCCCCAGGGAGCAGAGACCUUUUCACUCGGGCCAUCCUACAAAGUGGCUCACCAAAUUGUCCGUGGGCAACUGUUUCUGUAGCAGAGGGUCGCAGGAGGGCAGUCGAAUUAGGAAGACUCCUGAACUGCAACAUCAACAGUGAUGAAGAGUUGGUUGAUUGUCUUCGGGCAAAAGAGCCUCAAGAACUCAUUGACAAGGAAUGGUCUGUCCUUCCCUACAAUAGCGUCUUCAGGUUUUCAUUUGUUCCAAUCAUUGAUGGGGACUUCUUCCCAGAUUCCCUGGACUCCAUGCUGAACUCGGGUAACUUCAAGAAAACUCAGGUCUUGUUAGGGGUCAACAAGGAUGAAGGUUCCUUCUUCCUUCUGUACGGAGCCCCAGGGUUCAGCAAAGACUCCGAAAGCAUUAUUACUCGUGAAGACUUCAUGGCAGGAGUUAAGUUAAGUGUCCCUCACGCAAGCGAGUUGGGGCUGGAAGCUGUUGCCCUUCAGUAUACUGACUGGAUGGAUGAGCACAAUGGCAUAAAGAACAGAGAUGCAAUGGAUGACAUUGUAGGAGACCAUAAUGUCAUCUGCCCUUUAAUGCACUUUGCCUCCAAGUACUCUGAAUUUGGUAAUAGCAUCUACGUGUACUUCUUCAAUCAUCGAGCGUCAAACUUGGUCUGGCCAGAGUGGAUGGGAGUCAUCCACGGGUAUGAGAUUGAAUUUGUCUUUGGGCUACCUCUGGAGCAGCAUCUAAACUACACAGAGGAGGAGGGGAUGUUGAGUAGAAAGAUAAUGCACUACUGGUCGACGUUUGCAAGAACUGGAAACCCAAAUGAGCAUCAUGUGCAGAAAAGAAAAUGGCCACCUUUCACCACCACUGACCAGAAGUUCGUUGACCUUAAUUUGGAGCCUAUCAAGGUCAAUAAGGGUCUACGAGUUCAGAUGUGUGCCUUCUGGAAUCAGUUCCUCCCCAAGCUGCUCAAUGCCACAGGAACCAUCGAUGAGGCCGAACGUCAGUGGAAGAUGGAAUUCCAUCGAUGGAGCUCCUACAUGAUGCAUUGGAAGAAUCAGUUUGACCAUUACAGCAGACAGGAGCGUUGUGCUGACCUGUGACCUCCUGCACUUCAGGUUGCGCGGUGAGGGAGAGAGUGGAGCCCAAAAAUGACCAGCCACCCAGUCUAGUUCCUAACAUGCUCCUCUGUGCCCCACCAUAAAACUUUGCCAGUGUGUGUAUCACCUAAUGGCACUCACCUUCCCAAGGCCUGCUCACAGGAUUUGCUUGUUUUGCAAAUCUCACCAUCGUGCAUUACAACUGGUCAUUUCCACUGACAUUUUCCUCCUCUGCUCUCCUCUCCUCCACCCCCACUAACCCACUCCCCUGGCCAUGCUCUCAUUUUCCUCCUCUCCAUUCCCCUCUACUGUUCUCUCCUUACCCCAUCAACUCUCCUCCACUCCACAUCCAUGCUGUGUUGUGGCCUAAAGUAUUCUUGUCGGCCAUUCAUGACCUCAGACAAGACUCCAGCCUGAACAGCCACUAACCUAGUGAAUCAUCCCCAAUCAGUUAAACUGGCCUCAGCACUAGGUACUGCGUUAUUAUAGCUGAAACUGGUUUUCAGAACACUGGGAAUGGAUGUCCACAAUUAUCACUUGCAUUCAUAAAGUGUGAAACAAAACCCUAAGAUGCAUCACAGUGAAAACAUUUUAAUUAAUGGUGGUUUAUAAUAACAACAUUUAACAAGCCAAUAAUCUGCUCAACCCUGACUUGAAGUGGGAUAGUUUUCCAUUCCCCAGCAGUUGACAUGAGUAGUAUAGCCACACAGAUUUUUUUAAUUGAUAAUUUCAACUAAGCUCCUUCAUCUUAUUGACUGAUCAACUCUCGCACUCUAUUCCUAGCAUUUACUAUUUCCCUGAUGUAUUUAAGUAAAAAUUCCUGCCAGAAGCUGGGCAAUAGCA